CAGACAGGAAGAUCGGUUGCGAGGGAACGGGCUCUAUCUCCGCCCUUCUCACAAACGACUGGCUACCUUGGGCUAAAUCAUCCCAGCGGAGCCAUACGGGAAGAAUUUUACUCAGAUGUAUACACGCUUGAGCAACAGAAAUCCCAAUCAGCGCCGAAAUUUCACAGUGACAGUUCCUUCGGAAAGUGGCCUCCCGACAGAGUCUGGGCACAAGACAAUGUUCGAGACAAACAUCACUUGUAUGAUGAAAUUAAGGAAGAUGCUCCUAACAGUGACAGUCUCCACGAUUACGAGCUAGCGAAGGACAUGGGCGCCAGCCAGUCAAAAUCUUAUUCUCUUGUAAAGGAAAAUGGCCCCGUUCGGAACAUUCGCACGAUAUCAGGUAACAGAAACAAGGACAACCGCCCUCCGGCGAAAGUCCCCAUCGUGAUAAAGAAAAAUAGCGCAACCGUGUUGAGUAAUAAUAAUGACAUCGAAAAAAACCGCCUGGGGAUGAAGAAGGAUAUUCGAUGGCUUAUCAGAAGGAUGCGCUACCAACCAGGGUGCGUCUUGGUGACUACACUCAGCCCGUGGAUGCUACCAACUUUACGUGGGGUCGGAACGACGAAUAUUGCGAACCCUACGUUGCAGAUCAGCUUAUCAAAGAGGCAGCUAAAAAGAGACAGUCAGACAACAAAGUGUCAGACAACAUGGACGUCAAUUCAGAAAGUACAGAUUAUAAUCGAAUCAACAGAAAGAUGGCUGUAAAAACACCCAGAGAAAGUGGUCAGACCAACCCCAACUCAUCGUCUGCUGUUGGCGGCGAUGGUUAUGACCAUGCCACUAGCUGGACAAGUAUUGCAAAGAGUUCCGAUUCGAGCCAUGAUACAUAUGAAGAACCGUGGGAUUCACGCACAAGACAGAGAGAUUUACAAAGUAAGCUGAAUAGAGCUCAAAGUGAAGAAAUUCCAAAACAGCUUCCAUAUCCUGACUCGAGACGAAUGUCUCAAGAUCCACCAGCCAUGCGACGUAAACCACAACCAUCGGACAUGUACGAAGAUGCAUGGGACUCUCCGUUUAAGCAAAAACUUUUAGAGGAGAAGUUGAAUGCUGCUAAGAGAGGUGGCGGGGCUGCUUCAAGGUCCCCUACUUCCCCCCUCCCCUCUUCCCUGCCCUCCACCUACGAGGAACCAUGGGAUAUCAAGAAGAGACAGAUGGAACUGGAGGGGAGGUUAGAAGCAACUCACAUCCACAAAUCCCCCAUUGGAACCCCCAUUAGUCCCUCGCGCCGUAGUCCCCAGCCCCGCAGUCCACAGCCCCGUAGUCCACAGCCCCGUCCCGGACUGGAUACUUACGAAGAGGCCUGGGACCUCAAGACAGGGGCCAAGGCAGUCAGCUUUCUCAGAAGCAAUUCCCAGCAAGACCGAGACCUGGCUCCCAGCUCCCCCCAGUCUCCUAACUCUGGCUCCCCAACCUACAAGCAGGUGCCCCGUAUCACCAUCCCAGCCACAGCCUGCACCAUAGGGGAGAGAAUCAACCCCAUCAUUCCCUUACAAAAGCAGAGCUGGUACCAAGGUCGUAUUUCCCGAGCUGAUGCUGAGAACACGUUGCGUGUCUGCAAGGAGGGGAGCUACCUGGUGCGAGAGUCCGAGUCCGAGAGGGGCCAGUACUCUCUCUCCAUCAAGAGCCGUUUAAUGAAUAUCCACCUGAGGAUUACCAAGCGUUCAAACGGGCAGUUUAUUCUUGGGGAAAACAGUGCAUUAUUUGAUACGAUCCCAGAAAUGAUUGAUUAUUACACCCAGCACCAGGUCCCACUCAAGGGGACACAGCAUCUCACGCUUCUGCACCCUGUGGAGCUUCACUAACAUGUGAGGCUACACUGAGGUGUGAGGCUGGACUAAGGUGUGAGGCUGGACUAUGGUGUGACACUGGACUAAGGUGUGACUAUGAUGUGGAGCUAGAUUGAGAUGCCAAGCACCUGUAAGGGACAGAGGAUGUCACGCUUAUGCCACCUGUGGAGAUCCACCAUAUGUGGAGACCUUGAAAGGUUACAGAGGGACAGAGCACCUCAGGUUUUGCACCCACUGAGCUCCACCAUAUGUGGAGACCUUGAAAGGUUACAGAGGGACAGAGCACCUCAGGUUUGGCACCCUUGAAGCUCCACUAAAGUGCUGAGCCAGGCUACACCUUAGUUACAAUGUUCACAGCGUUGACAGGAUGUGUGAUGAGAGAACACGGACUACAGUGAUCGAUGUGAAUGUGCUGGAGAGAUUGAAACUAUUAGAGAUCUGAGAAUAGCUGACACCUGAUUUCCAUCUGAUAAUGACAUCGGAUGUAAAAUUAUAGACACAGUGGUAUAGUCUUAAUAUGAUACAAACUGUGAUAAAGUUGAAGCAAGAUGACACACUGAUUAAUACUUUUGAAGAAAGAUUACAGUGUGAUUAAAACUACUGAAGAAAGGUGACGUGAUGAAGACUAUUAUAGAAAGAUGACACUUUGACUAAAAGUAUUGAAGAAAAAUGACAAUGUGAAGAAACUAUUAAAGAAAGAUGACAGUGUGGAAAAGAAAAUUGAAGAAAGAUAACAGAUGUUGAAGGAAGAUGAUACAGUGUUGAAAGAUAAUAUAGCAUAAUCAUAAUAUUACGACGAAUAGUGUUGAGAACAUCGAGAUAUCUUGUUUAGAAUCGACUUCCUAGAUGGCAUGAGAAUUUGAAAAAAAAAGUUUGCAAUUAAUGUGUUUCUCUGUUAUUAUGAAACCGUGCUUAUCCUGUAACACUCACUGUCGUAGAGACACUGCUUGAAUAAGUUAAUAUGUGCACGUCUCAUAACACUGUUCUUAAAUCAUGUAUACUCAACAAAAAUAGUUAGGGAUAAUGCAUAUUUAUGGUACAAUUAUUUGUUGUGUAGACUGUCAUAAGAAUGACCCCCAAACUGUUGAUGGUCCUCAAACUAUUUUUUUGCCCAGUAUAGAUAGCACAUUUGACUGUAGAUGAAACUUUCAUGGGAACUGUCAAAUCUGUCCUUUGAAUUCUACACUUGUUUUCUUUAAUUGUUGUUAAGCAGUAUUACAGACCAUGGCAUUCAGUUUCCUUAGAGUACCAGAAAAUAUGCUAACUUGUUUACAUAUCAUUAGCUUGUUGAAAUGUAAGUAGUUAUUUUUGUUAUUGCACACCAGAUAUUACAGAAUUUGGCUACGCUUAGGAACCGGUCAUUAUUUUUCUUAGCAAGUAACUCAACAAAAUAUGUUGGUUAUUGCUCUCCAGAACCAACAGCCAUGGUGAGCUAUUAUAGAAUUUGGCUUCGGGACCAGUCAUGUGUGGCAAGAGACUGGGAGGGUGGGGGUAUGAGGGUUUUGACAAACAGAAAAUAUUGACCCUCUCAUAUUUGUCAAUGAUCAUCCCCAUGUCAUGUACAUUUGUGACCUUCCUUAAAAAGAAAAAAAACAACAUUUUUCUUUGAGGGCAAAGUUGUUGAUUGGCCCACACAAAAUUAGGGUUGGGUAUUACCAAAAUUUUCAUAUUGCGAUAUAUAUUGUGGCAUGUGUCAGCGUAUUGCAAUAUGUAUUCCAAUGUAUUGUGAAUGUGUAACAGAUGGUUGAAGGUGAUGAAAUUAUUGUUUCCUUACGAUGCCACUGGCCACUGUCAGGACUCAGAUGUGAUUGUACAAGAGAUCAAUUGAAAAUGUUUCCAAAUAGAAGACUUCGCUCUAAAGUUUUGAACUGGAGAAAAAACGUCUGCAGUGGCAUCCGCCAUUUUGGUUUCUUUAUCAAUACAAUGAGUACAAUUUAUUUAUUUAUAUGGUUUAAAAGUCAUGCAAAUGCAAUUAUAUGACCACUAAACAUUCUCCAAACUGUUAAUGUAUAAUAAUAUAAAUGAAAUACAUGUUAUUAGUAUUUUUGACUACAUCAUGAAAAUUACCGAUCAUGGUCACGGAAACUGCCAAUCGUAUCGGGUGAACCGGUUCACGAAAAGUACCGCAAUAUAUCGUAUUGGGCAGUUUGAAUUGCAAUAUACUGGUUAACCAGUAUUAUCGCCCACCCCUACACAAAAUAUGGCAAUACAGUAUAGGUACUAAGGUUGCAAUGUUUCAUGCCAAGUCCCUUGAUUCAGUAGCUAAGCCUUCAGCCGACGUUUCAUCAGCAACGGAAGAGUUGUUUGUUUUACCUUCACUCAAUGUGAUGUUGUAUAAUUGGGUGUGCAAUACCUCAUAAUUGAGGUGUAUUGACAAAGCAAUCCUGAGAUUAUCAUUAGAUCAUAGGUGUUCGGAUGUCACACAUUUUCAGACAGCAUUGUUUACUCACACUAUAAUUAGGGAAUACCUCAUAAUUGAGGUGUAUUGACAAAGCAAUCCUGAGAUUAUCAUUAGAUCAUAGGUGUUCGGACAUCACACAUUUAGACAGCAUCGUCAAACAGCAUUGUUUACUCACACUAUAAAGGGGGAUGUUGUGUCACACAGACAUUGUAAAAUAUUUGUGUUUGAGAUAUUAUAUAGGAGACGUUUUACAGUUGUUCAUAUCAAUAGCAAGAUAACAACGAGUGUUUCUUCAGCAUCCGAAAACCAAUGAUAUCCACUACUUAGUGCAUCUGUAUGAUGUCCAUGCCAAUAAACAUUCUUUGGUGAAAAACAGUUCAGGUUCAAGCCUAAAAAUUGAUGUAUGUGAUAUUUAUUACCAAUACCUUGUUUGAGAGUUAGCUAGCUUGCUUUAGAAAUAUUCUUCUACCUGCACUUGUCUUGCUACUGAUUCACUUGUAAAGGUUUACAAUUGUACAUUUUGAAAAAAAUAUAAUCAUAAUAUAUUUCCUGACAACUGUCUAUUGAUUAAUGUAAAUUCCUAUCUCAUCUGAUAGUGUCCAUUUCAGGCUUGGUACGUCCUCUCUAUUUGCAAUGUCCACUAAUGUGUUUAACUUUCACAAGUAUAUCUCCUGUCUCAAGCAAUGUUUGAAUUUGUGAAUUUAGAUCAGGAAUGUAGCAAUGAAUGAUUGAUGUUGAUAUCUGAGAGCUUCAACAAUAAAUAUAUGUAAAAUAUCGAGAAGGGCAGAGGGGUAGCCUAGUGGUUAAAGCUUUUGCUCGUCACACCGAAGACCUGGGUUCAAUUCCCCAUAUGGGUACAAUGUGUGAAGCCCUUUUCUGGUGUUCCCCGCUGUAAUAUUGCUGGAAUAUUACUAAGAGCGGCGUAAAACUAAACUUUUAAAUAACAAGAAUACAUUGGAUUUUAUGUAUUGAGAUACAGUGGCAAUACAAUUUUCGCAAGUCUUCCAAAUUGAAACCCAAUGUUACGGCUGUAGCAAACUGUAUGUUACCAUAGUUACUGUCUGUGUAACGAUGCCUUUAACCAUGUUGUAUGAGCCGGCAAUAUUUUUCAUCUCGGCCUCAAAAUCAUCGGACUACCAGAAAUGGACAUGCAAUAGUGGAGAGGAAGUGGUUAUAAUGCUUAAAUAUUUUACUUAAACUGUACCAUUUAUACUAUACUAACAUGUACAUGUGUGAUGACCCUUGCCUUGCUUCUAUGUGGUACUACUGUGUGUUAAGUGUAAUGGGACUUCCACUGCUGCAGUUAUUUAAACACAUUCCAAUGUAUGGCUGUUGUGGGGUAAUUGCUUCAAGGGAGACAACUCUCUUAUGCAUGAAUGUUAACUGGUGUACAUUUGUGUAUUGUCAUGGGUUUUUUCCAUACACUAGUGCUUUUAAGCUGAAAUAUAUUUAAUAUUUUGAAACAUGAGUUCAGCUGUUUUAUCUAACAGUUAUUACCGAAUUUAUCAUUGCAAUGAUGUUCAUUUUUAGAGUCAUUAUCAUCAUAAUGUCGUUUUUAUAAUAUCAACCUAAAAACUAUGGCUGUUUAUUACAGAAUAUUUGUGCUGAAAAUCAAACUUGAGUAUGUUGCCACGAUAGCGAACAUUAUAUGAUGAUGUUACAUGAAAAAUAUUAUAUUUGAAUAUGACAAUAUUUGUGCAUGUUUUAUGGAGUUGUUCAAGAAGAUAUUCAAUGGUGCUUUUACACUGUUACGGAGUAAAUAUGAUGCUGUCAUACCAAUCCAAAGUAUGUUCUCUGUGAGCUUCAGUCCUGUGUAUAUGGUGCACGUCCCUUGUAGGACCGAAACAUCUAGAACAUGGAUUUUCAUGCCUUAUAUGUGUUUAAUGACCAAAUACUAUAUUUAUCUGAAUGAUACGGAAACUUGUUAUUUUAUGUGAAUAAAUGGAACUAUUUUCAGUCUGCUUCAUUUAUUCUGUAAUAUUCAGACUAAAUCAGGUAGAAAAUACAUGAUAGAUUUGAUAGCAGAAUAUGUUUAUCUCGAUUUUGUGACCUGAAAAAGUUUAAAUAAACUUAAAAUCUUAAAAUAAGAACAAAAAUUCAGGUCAUGUGAUGAGAUGAACCUUAUUUGACAGGAGAUGAUGAUAUUGUCUGGAAGUAUGAUGUACAGAUAUGUUAUUUUGAUGGUCUUGCAUGUUUAUAUAGUACUCAAAGUAAAGGUAUAUAAUUUGCUGCCUUUCUGUGUGUAUGUAUUCGGUAGUUGAGCACAAGGACAAGUUCUUUGCAUGCAUGAUGAAGCAGGAACGACAUUAUCAAAUAUGAAAAUUCAAAAUAAUUUAUGAAUCAAGCAGUAUUUUCAUAGGCAUUACUUUUACACAGGCAGAUCUUUUUUAAACAGGAGAGGGGGGUAUAUCAUGUCUUAGGGUAGUCUAGUUGUUGAAGUGUUUGCUUAACACUCCGUGGACUAAGUUUAAUUCUCCCGUGGGGAGGAUGUGUAAAACUCAUAAUUGGAUUCCUUCACCAUGAGUUUACUUGAAUAUUGCUGUGAGCCAAUUCACACUACACUUAGAGUGCAUAUCACUUUAUGUCACCAUUUGACAAUGAUGCUCCUUCUAAAUGGGCGACACACAUACUUGUGAGUACUUGAAAAGUGCUGGAAAUGUUUGGUGUUAGGGUUUCUCGAAAAUCUUCUAGAUCUGAUACGGGAGAGAAUGUAUGACAACCAUUUCACAUAUCUGAGAAUAUGAAGCAGCUUGAUUUGUUUUCCACCAAACUGGACAUUUAUUUAGUUCUAAGAAUAUUGUCAUUACUGCCUAGCAGGUAGGGAAGUUUGUUAAACAGACAAAAACUUCUGCCAUUGUUGAGUUAUUCUCUUGUGCAUAAUGAGGGGGCAGAUGACUGAAGUCAUCACAUACACCGAAGUACAAUGUACAGAGGUUGCUUUCCUUUGGCUUGCCAGAAACCUACAAUCAUUAUCACAGUCCCAUUUUUCCAUGGUUUCAGGUUUGUAAGCCCCAUAGCCAAGAUGUUGGGUUUCACAAGAGUGAGUGAGUGAGUUUAACUUUAUGCUGCACUCAUCAAUAUUCCAGCUAUAUGGCAGGGUCUGUAAAUAAUCAUACAGAGUUACAUCCCUUUGGCACACCAGGAUGGUGGGUUCGAAUCUCAGUUAACCCCAGUUAUGUGUCUAGGUUAGUCAGCACCAUUCCUGUGGCUUUCACCAAAGUGGUAAAUAUUCGAGACCUUCAGCCCUACGAGAUUUCCUCCCACCUAACUCUGACAUACCUUGACAUAACUGGAGACUUGUGAAGAUCUGGCUUAGAAUUAGAACCCAUGCUUGUCAAAAGAGGCGACUAAGGAGUUCGGGUGGUCAGGCUUGCUGACAUCAUUAAUGAAUGUCAGUUACGUAGAUUGAAGCUCACGUUAAUCAUUGGAUUGUCUGGUCCAGACUCGAUUAUUUACAGACCGUAGCCGUCUAGCUGGAAUAUUGCUGAGUCUGGCAUUUAACAAGCAAAACAAAUGAUGUAACUAGAAUACUGUUUAUAUCAGCAUUGAACCUCACUCACUCACUCUGACAAGAACCCUAACUGAAGAAUAACUGUUAAAUUAAUAAGUUGUAGAUGAGAGCACAGUCAUUAAACAAUGCUAUUUUAGAAAGUGGUCAAAUGUAACAUAUGUUAUGCUUGGGAUUACACUUUCUUUGUAAAGUACAGAUUAUAGUACUGUUUGGGUUCGAAUCCCGAAUGGCACCAACCCCAAAAGUACUAGAAUCUGUACUUUACUGAGAAAGUAUAAUCCCAAGCAUAACAUAUGUUAUGAGAGAACAGUCAUGAUAUUAGGUUAUGUUUUGCAGAGAACUCAUUUGUCAUGUUUAUUUCAAUCUUCUUCUCAUCCUUGGUUGCUUUUAUUUUAUUCUUCUGUUCUUUUAGAGCUAUUGCUUGUUACAUGUGCUUAUGUACGUAACUUUUAACCAUAUUCUCAAUGUGUCAAAAUGGUUAUAAACUUUGUCUUCCUUCUUAAGACUGUUAUUGUUUAUAUGAAAUAAAUCAUAUCUCAAAUA